UGCAACUUUGCCUUAAAAUCGGUGCGCCAGAUUUCGAGGGGUUCUUUGGAGUCUCUGCAUAUAAUUGCGAGAUCUUUUGGCACUCGCUACGAAUUCAUAUUCACCCCUCUGACAAAACAAAAUGUACAACUGUUCGCCAUAUUACUAUCCGUGUACAAGUAGGGAUGGUAAAAGUUUGAACAACUGAAUUUCCUGAAAGAGCUUACGAUUCAAGCCGCCUUUACAGAGAACUGAGACUACGUGCAUGUCUACUGGAAAACAUGAAGCUAAUAUUGCUCCCCGGCGAACGGAUGUACGAUGAGUUGGACGGUGUCUGGAGCCUGACGACUGAUCAGGUAACAGCCAUUCCUAAUUAAGCGAAAACGUGUUCACAUUCGAGGGUAAUUUGGGAAGGUUGUACAUAACCAGUAUUCGAGUCGUUUGGACCUCAAGCGUAAGUGCUAACCUUAACAUCAGCCUUCCAUAUCUACACAUGGUAGGUAGAUAUUUGAAUAACUUCUAUUAUGCUCCAGAAUUCUAUAAAAAUACAGAAUUCGAAAUUUGGAAAAGCUCUCGCAGUCGAAACUUCUAAACAGUGCGGAGGCUAUCUUCUGGGUUUUCGAACCGACCCCAUUGACAAGCUGACAGAUAUUCAGAAGCAAAUCAUCAGUCUGCGGCAGUUGUACGAUAAAAAUCCCCUGUUCGGAGGAGAAUUAAGCAACGAAGAACAUGAGCUCGUGUCCACCCUUCGCGUGAUUCUGAAAAAGGAAACCUCAGAGGAAGUCGGUCGACUGGUCAAGCCAGCGCAACCCACCCAGUGUGAUCAGCUCAUCUAUCGUUGUCAGAAUGCAGCUGUCAACAAUCAGGCCAACGUAUUGACUCCGGCUUUAAGUAAUGGUACUGAGGUGAUUCAAAGCAUACAUCGCCUUCUUUUUUUCAAGGAUCCGGUUGAAAAUCCACAGGACGAAACAGACGACGACAUACAAGAAGCUCCGGUGGAUCGAGGCGAUGUAUUGUCGUUUUACCUCGCCGAAGACCCGAAGGUUACAAGAGAUAGACCCAUCUACAGCGAAGAGCUCGGAGUCGCUAUCGAACCACUACCAGAAGGUUAUACUCUGGAGGAGCUUUGGACGAUUUUUCCUGAAAAAUAGUGAUACCACGCGAGAGAAUCUAAUGCAUCCGUAAUUAUGUUCCACCAACUUCAUCUUUGCAUGUAGUUUUAUUGCCUUUAUGAAAAGUAUCACAUUGUACAAAAAUUAUACGCAAUAGUACAAUAGUUCACAAGACAUGUCAACCACCAUGAAGGGAGGAAAUAAAGGCAAUCCUGUCUGAGUCGCUCAAUGUAUAAUCAUAUUCUCCUAGGAGACUGUAGUCCGUGUCAUUGAUCAAAAUAAGGAUACCAGGACGAAUGUGGCCGGCUUGGAGGAAUAAUUCUGGCCUUUCUUGCAACAAAUUGUCGCGCAACCAACAAAGUAAAUCUUUCAGGUUAACGACCGAAGAAGGAACAUCCACAAAAUGUUCUUUGACUUUGCCAAAUAAAAGCUCUGCGCCACCUCCAAACUCUAAAUGGAGCUUCAUGGGGAAAAAUGUAGCCUCGAAUACAGUGAUAAGGUAUGGGAAAGAUGAGCUGUGGAAAGGAACAUGAACAAAUGUGAACUAAUAUGAAACAAGUUUGGAGCAAAACAGAUGUCAUUCUUCAGUACAACACGCAUUCACAAUGCAGCAACCAGGCAAUUAAAGAAACUAAUUGAAUGGACUUUCAUGCGACUAGUUC